AUGGACAAUGAACCUGCAGAAUUUGAAGCUGAAUGGAGGUCAAUUAUAGUAAAAUAUAACCUAGAGAGUAAUGAAUGGUUUAACUACAUGUUUUCGAUCAGGAAAAAGUGGAUAUCGGCGUAUUUCAGGGAUCUCUUCUUAGGUGGAAUCAUGAGGACAACUUCUAGGUCAGAGAGUGAGAAUGGCUUUUUCUAUAACUUUACGAACCCUCAUGUCACACUUGUUGAGUUAUUCAUGCGCUUUGAAAGCGCAAUGGACUCACAAAAACAUAGGCAAGAGAAGCUUAAUUAUGAUUCGAAACAUUCACUCCCCCAAAUAAAGACGCCCUUGCCUUUGGAAAGGCACGCCUCUAAGGUAUACACACAUACUAUCUUUUAUAUGUUUCAGAGAGAAUUAACUAUAUCAUGUUUUUAUUGUGGGAUUAUUGGAACAACAAAGGAACAUGAUACAGAGAGUGUUGUUGUGAAAGAUUUUGCUAGAAGUAAGAAUUAUAUUGUGCUUUUCAAUGCGCAAAAUGAUGUUAUAACUGGCUCGUGUAAGUUUUUUGAGCGACUAUGCAUAUUAUGUAGGCAUUCAUUGUGUGUUUUAAAUUCAAGAUAUAUUAAAGAACUACCAAGAUCGUAUGUUCUUGGUCGUUGGACUAAAGAUGCACAACAAAAGCCUAUUUUUGGCAUGGAUGACAAUCUACUUGAAGAGUGUAGACAAGUAAAUAGUAAGAAGAAGCUUUUAUGUGAGAUUUGGUCAGAGAUAUACAAUUGUGUGGCACUUUCCGAAAGAAAUGAGGAAGACUUGGUUAAUCUUGCUGGAAUUCUGAAAGGUUUUAGCAAGACUGUACUGGAAAGAAAUAGUAGUGGAACACAACUUACCAAAGUUCAAGAAAUGGAGAUUUUUGUUGGGCCUAGUGCAACAUCUUAUUUAAAUAUCCUAAACCCAAAGCAAUCUAGCAACAAAGGGACAGGAUCAAACACAGCUUGUGACGGAGUAACAACAUUAGCCAAUCCUCAGUUCAGGCCUUUCGGGUGCUCUUGUUGGUUGUGA